GGAUACAAAACCAGACUGGAAACAAUAUUUUACUGCUCAUUUGUGGUGUUUCAGAAACGUGGUUAGUAUCAGACCAGGAGAUUUCACUUGCCAUGAUCAGACCACUUGAAAAAACAAAGGCACAUAAACUAGGGCAAAAAAACAAUUGAUUUAAAAACUGAACCCAUGGAUAUGAACACCACCAGCAAUGACACGUGUACCAACCUGUAUGACCAUCGCAGUUGGGCACACAUUUUCCUGCCUCUGGUGUACUCUCUGAUAUGUAUUGUGGGAUUUCUGGGCAAUGCCUUGGCUUUGCAUGUCAUUUGGCCUAACCUAAAGAAAAUGAACUCCACCACUCUCUACUCAGCCAACCUGGUGGUGUCGGACAUCUUGUUUUCACUUGCUUUGCCUUUGCGUGUGGUUUACUAUGCAAAAGGGUUCAAUUGGCAGAUGGGGGAAGGCCUAUGCAAGGCCACAUCUUUGCUGUUUUACAUCAACAUGUACGCCAGUGUCAACUUCAUGACAUGCUUAAGCAUAGACCGUUUCAUUGCUGUGGUACUACCGUUGCGCUUCUCGAGGUUCCGGAAAGUUCAGAACGUACGGUACAUUUGUGUGGCAGUAUGGGCAGUGGUGCUGAUGCAGACCCUGCCUUUGCUGUUUAUGCCAAUGAAAAACGAAGAGCAAAAUGGUCAAAUUACAUGUAUGGAGUAUCCCAACUUUGAGAAAAUAGUCAACUUGCCCAUCAUGCUCAUUGGUGCCGUGUUUCUUGGCUUCGGCAUUCCCUUGAUCACCAUACUGGUGUGCUAUUCUGCGCUUUGCUCCAAACUCCGUCUGCUGGCCAAGUCCAAUAAACUGAUGGAGAAGUCGGGUCGCAGUCGCAAAGUUACCGGUGUGAUUUGUGCCGUCAUUCUAGUGUUUAUGGUUUGCUACAGCCCGUAUCAUAUUGACCUUCUGCAGUACAUGAUCAGGAAGCUCCAGUACAAUCCAGAUUGUUCAGAACUGCACAACUUUCAGAUCUCUCUUCACAUCACUGUCUGCCUCAUGAACCUCAACUCGUGCCUGGACCCCUUCAUAUACUUUUUCGCCUGUAAGGGCUAUAAGAAGAAGAUACUCAAGCUGUUCAAGAAGCAAGUGAGCAUGUCCUUCUCAAGUGUGGUCAGGACCUUCCCUGAGGAAUCCUCCAAAGACGUGUUGGCAAACGACAAAAUCCAAAUAAGCUCCAGAAGCUACCAGAAAGAGAAUAGCAGUAUGCUACUGAAUGAAUAAGUGCAGCAAUGCUUUCUAACCACCUCUGUUGAUGUGUGGCUAACAAACAGAAUGCAAAGAAAUGCAGUUAGAUGACUGUAUGAGAUGUUCUGAAAACAACAAUGUAUAUUUCUUACCUCUGGAUUAUUUUAUAAACUUUCAAACUGAAGGUCUUUAGACCAUGGUUAACAUUAUAUUUACAUUGUCUUAAGUAGCUCGUUUGAUGCAUAGAAUGUGGUUUGUUGUUUUUAAUUGCUCUUUUGGAUAAUAAAAAUAGCUGCAAAAAUACAUUGCUCUUAAAACUGUUUUUAAAUACCAAGAAAAAGUACUGAGCCAUGCCAGUGGAUAGAUUAACAAGUGUGCCUCAAUUUUCCCUUCCAGUAUUGGUUCAGGAUAUUAAACCUGGUGA